GUGGCUGGGUCUGUCAGGCCUCUUGGCCUUGAGCUUCCUCUUCGCCACGGCCGCGCAGCAGUUGGGCGUCUUCAGCUCGGGACACCCGGCUCUAUUCAUGGCGGGCUUCAGCUCGGGACACAAGGACGCGGCCGCAGCCCUCGCGGCGGACGUGGCGGGCCUCCACGGCCUGGCCACAUACUUCGACGAGCGCGGCCCGAAAGGCGCCGGUAGGUCCAGCUUAAAGGCGAACAGCGUCAUUUUGAUCAAAGUCCUUGCGGAGAAUCUUCCGCAGCUCUUUUUGCAAUCGGCCUUUUUAAGCGCCGCCUUCACCCGCUUCGACGGGUGGGGGCGGCUCAAAAUCCUGGUGUCGCUGGGGUUGGGCCUCCUCAGCGCCACGCUGAAGCUGUCCCAGUGGGCCAUGACAUGGAUAUCGAUCAUGUGGCAAGAACCGGCGAGGCGAAUAGGAGCCUUGUUCUUCCUUUUAGUCUUUGCACUGCCAGGAUUCCUCAUGGUGGCGUGGGUGGUGGCCCGCAUCAUCAUGGCCCACGAGUGCCCCAGUCACCAGUGGAACCUGGCCACUGGGUGUGUUUGAGAAGGCAUCAAGUGAUCUUCCGGAAGAAAAAGAGCCGCUCCGACGAACCGUUGAUUGGGACAUGAAGCAAAACCAAGUUGGUCACGCCCCACCCGAAGACAGAACUAUCCAAUACCCAUCGAA